AUGAAUAAAUCAGAACAACUUCUAAGGGAAGGCAAAAAAUUUAUAAUUUACUCAGUUUAGGAGUAUCCAAGUUAGAGUGCUUGUAUAAUUAGCGGGUAUGAUACAACAAAAAAGCAAAAAUGCUUAAUAAAGUCAUUGUAAUUAAGUGUUAAUUCUACUGAAGAUGUUAGACCUGAAAAGUUAGAAGAAGUAAAUAGAAUGAUUUAGAUGUUAAAAAAUAGCAACAAUUCUAAUAUCCUACAGUAUCUAGAUAGCUUUUAAAUUGAGAAUUACUGCUUUAUUUAGUUUGAGAGACCUGAAAAAACGAUUUUUGACUGGAUUAAAGAAAAGAAAGACGAUGCUAUUAUAGAAAGCAAUGAUUAUUUAUUCAAAGUUUGUGCAUAAAUAGCUAAUGCUAUGAGCUACUUGCAUAAAUAUAAUUGUUUUUUAAUGGAUAUGUCACCUGAAUAUAUUUUCCUUAACGAGCAUGGAAAUGUUAAAAUUUUUUGUAAUAAAUUUGUUAGCUCAGAUGAAAAAGAUGGUAUUUAUAAAAGUUAUGUCCGAUCUGGUAGAGAUGGAAAAUACUUUUUAUAUUCUCCCGAAAUGCUUUCCUAAGCCCUAAAUAUUUGGGAUAGUGGUGUAAAGAGAAAAGAAAAAUAUGAUGUCUGGGCAUUAGGUAUAGUCAUGCUUAUUUUAUUGGGAUAAAGCGAAGCAGUAAGCAUAAAUCUUCAUUAAUAAAAUUGCAUCAGUUCUGUAAUAGAAAGCUUAAAAAUUGAUUAAUCUCUAAAAUGCCUACUUCAAAAUGAUAUUUUUAAUCUAAAUAUAUAGAAAAGAUUAACUGUACAAGAAUUACUAUCAUUCUUUAAUUAAGAUCAACAAGUGAUUUUAAAAAAAUCUGAUAGCUUAUCAAUAGUGAAUCAAGAAAGUAUUGAAAAAGAAGUCCAAUUAUAAGAUUUAAAUAAUGAAUAGCAGGAUUAAUCUAUUGAAAAAACUAAAUCUAUCGAUAGCGAUGUUAAAACUUAGGAUGAAUAAGAAAAACAUAAAGAGCAGCAUAGUAGAUAAACUGAAAAGAGAAGAAAAAGGAGUAGCAAAAAAGUUGAAGAUUCUGAUGGAAAUGAAGAUGAGGAAGAAAUAGAAGUAGAAAAAGGAAAGGUAGCAAGAAAAGAUUCAAAAAAGAAAAAACUUGAGAAAAAUUAAUAAAAAUUAGUGAAAAAAGAUGCAAAAGAUUAAAGUAAAGAUGAUAAAGAAAUCGAUGAAGAAAAAAAAGAUUAAGUUAAAAUAAAUAAAAAUAUUUUUAUAGAUAAUAAAUACUUAAAAAAGUUGAUGAGCAAAUCUCUUUCCAAAGCUGAGUUGGUCUAAGAAACUCAAAAUUUAAAGGAGCAUUUAGAGAAAUAACCAAACGACAUAGAAGCACUGAAAGUUAUUGCAAAGCUGUAUUAAAAAAGAGGAAUGAUUGAUUAAGAAAUUAGUCAUUAUAAAUAAAUUAUUGAGCUUUCUCCUGAUGAUGCUGAUGUGUAUUUCUAACUAGGUAAAUCUUAUUUAGGAAAGAGUAAAGAAGAUGAAGCUGUUAAUUGCUUUAACAUUUGCUUUGAAAAAGACAAUAAACAUAUAGAUUCAAUAAUUAAGCUUGGAGACUAUUAUUUAGUACAAAAACAGAUAAAGAAAGCAGAGGAUGUUGUUUUGAAGGGGUAAAAAGUUAACUAAACAAACCCAUAAAUUCUUUAUUAGCUCGGUAAUAUUUAUAGGUUAUAAAAUAGGUUGGAAGAGGCUUUGGAAUGUUUUGAUCUUAGCUUAAAAUUUGAUCACUCAAAUAAAUAAUGUACAUAAGAUCGACUUUAGACUUUUAAAAAAAUAAAGGAGGUUGAGAUAGUUAACUGUUUGAAGGCUCUAGAAGUAGAUAGUAAUAAUUAUAAAAUAUUAUAUAAAUUAGGUCUAGCAUAUAAAGACAAAGAUAUGUAUGAUAAGGCUAUUGAAUCACUAGACAAAAGUUUAUCUAUCAAUCCCAAGCAAAACUUAGUGUAUUUAGCAUUAGGUGACUGUUUUCUCCUAAAAAAUAAUAUCAAAUUUGCCAAAGAAAAAUAUUAUUAAAGCUUAGAAAUAAAUCCUAAGUGCUCUUUAACAUGGAAUUAAUUAGGUUCUUUGUAUACUUUGAAGAAAAAAUAUAUAAAAGCAAUCAAGGCUUAUCUGAAUUCUUUUCAUUAUAGUGAAACUAAAUCUCCUGAAUAGUAAGUUAAAAUAUGUGAAAUUGCUAAAAAAUAAAUGGAUGAUUGUAUCAAAAGAUUUUUGAAAACAACUGAGACUGCAGACAUUCACAAAAUAAAAAAAGUUAUUUAGACAUAUUGCUUUACAAAAGAACUUGAGAUCAAUAAUUUAAAGGAAUAGCUCUCUUAAGAAUAUGCUUAAUCUCUUAAAGAUAUGAAUUCUUUUUACAAGUUUUUCCACACACUUGGUUUACUCUACAUGGCAUAUAAAAUUCCAAAGAAAGGGAUUUUACAACUUUAAAAGAGUUUAAUUUUAAAUCAAUUAAAUAAGGCAUGCUAUAUUGAUCUUUCAGCAGCUUUUGGAACAUAAAAUUAGAAAAAUCAAGUGAUCUACUAUGCAAAUUAGGCUUUGUUCAAUUAUUAGACCUACAAAAGUAACUUUCUUACCUAUAAAGAAAAGAGAGUUUUAAAGAGUAUCCAAUAAAUUAAGAAGAUUUAAAUUGAUGAGAUAAAUAAUGAAAUUUCCUAAGAUGAUCUAAAAUCUAAAGCUUACUAUAACAUAGCUCAUGUCUUGGAGAAUAAAAUUAAUUUGAGCAUAGGUUAUUACAACAGAUCCUUAAAACUAGACUAAAAAAAUGCAGAGAGCUACUACAGAACAGGUAUUUUGCUCUUUAAAUAGAAUAUGUUUGAAAAUUCUAUUAAGUCACUUAACAAUUGCAUUAAAAUUGAUAAAUAUCAUUUAGGAGCACAUGAAUAAUUGAUUUAAAUUUACGAAGUUUAAUAAAAUAAAGAGCUUGAAAUUUACCACAAAAAAACAUUGAAGGAAUCAAAAGCCUUUAAAAAAUAUAUUUAUUAUAUGCAAAAUAAAGAUUACGAAAAAUGUAUAUAAUUACUUUAAGAAUGGGAGGAAAUUAAUCCUACUAAUGAUGAAUGCUAAUACUAUUUAAGUGAUUUAAUGAGAAUUAUUGGAAAAAAAGAUUCUUAGGUGCAUUACCUAAAGUAGUGCUUAACUCUUAAUCCUACUCAUGAACUUGCACUUUAAAGAAAAUAUGAAUUGUAGAAUAGUUGUUAAAACGAAUAACUUGCUUAAACAAUUUUUUAUGAGGAGCUUGACCAGCAUAACAACUGGGAAUAUGUUGAAUAAGAAGAAAAUGAAUUUUAAAAUUUGUUAAGCAUAAGAUCAAAUUCUUACAUUUCAUUCAAAUCUGGCCUCUAUAUGAAAUCUAAGCAAGAUUUAAGUAAAGCUUUUCUUUAUUUUGAGGAAUACUCAAAUUAGCAACCCAAUGACUACUUAGGAUUUUACCUACUUGGUCAUAUUGAAGAAAAGAAUUGUAAUUUUGAAGUUGCAGCCAACUUCUAUUUGAAGAGUUUGUAAUUAAAACCAGAGGAUAAUUUCAAUAGUAACAAUAGACUGGGAAUAGUUUAUUUGAAUAUGAAAAAGGUAGAAGAAGCUCUUAAGUAUCUAAAUGAAGCAAAAAAAAUAAUUCAUAAAGAGGAAAUUAAUAUAUGUGCUAUUGCUUAAUGCUACAGCUCACUUGGAUAAUUCAAAGAAGCUAUUGAAAAUUAUCAAAUAUGUUUACAAAUCAACCCAAAUAACUAAUUAUAUGAGUUUUUUAUUUUUGUUAUCAAUUCAAGGAAGCUAAAUUUAGAUGACUUUUUCCCAGAAAUGAAGAAGAAAGCUGUUGUUGUUUAUGAAGCUUACAAAAAUAAGAACAUAUCAUCAGUCAUGCUUCACUUUUUAGAAUGUAUUAUAAAUGAAAAAGAACACAAAAAUAAUUGUAGCGGGUUUUGUUUGUACCAACUUUCUAAGCUCUCAACUUAGCAUAAAAAAAUUGAAGAAGCUGUAGAACAUUUAAAAUAGAGUGUAAGGAUUAGUCCUAAUUAUCCUCCUUUCAGAUUAGCUUUUGCUUAAAAUUUGAUUUCACUUUUGAAAUAUGAUAAGGCUAGCGAGGAAUUAGAAAAAAUUUUAUAGCAGGAUUCAGAAAAUUAUGAUGCAAAUCACUUCAUGGGUAUCUGCCAAUAUUAGAAAAAUCAAUUUAAAAGUGCUAUUUAAUAUCUCAGUGUCUGUGAAGCUUAAAAGCCAAAUACAUAUGAAAUAAUCAAAUUAAUUGGCUAGUGCCACAAGUAGAUGAACUAAACAGAAAAAGCUAUACAAUUUUUUGAGCUGUGCAUAGAUCAAAACCCAAAAGAUGCAGAAGUUUUAAUACUAUUAGCAGAAUCUUUGUAUAAACAAGGAGAUGUAAAAUAAACUCUUGAAAUGUAUUAGAAAGCGUUUAAAUAUAACACAAAAGAUUCUCAAUACUUUUAUUAAUAUGCCAAGAUAUUAUUUGAAACCAAAGAUUUUAACUAAGCAAUUAUUUUUGCUUAAGAAUGUAUAAAGAUUAACUCUAGUCUUGAUAAUGCAUAAAACCUCUUGGGUUUAUGUUACAUGAAUAUUGGAGAUAUGAACAAAGCAAUUGCAGCCUUCAAAAAGUAAGGUCAGAUAAACAGAUUACACAAAGACUAUCUUCUCAAUUUAGGAAAAGCUUACAUUAAAAAAGGUUAGACAGUAGAUGCAAUAAGUACCCUCAGUAAAUUCAUGAAUUUGUAUCCAGAUAUAGAAGAAACCUAUGAAUUGCUUAAUUACCUUUUUGAUUUAUAAUAAUAACCUAAAAAGCAAAUAAAAAUUUUAUAAAAUCUACUGGAAAAAUAUCCAAAAAAAACAAAACUGAAUUUAAAUAUAGCAGAUAUUUAAUAUAAAUAAAAGCUUUAUCAAGAAGCUAUAGAAAGCUAUGAGAAAUAUUUAAAAGAAAACGAAGGAAGCAGAGAAAUUUAAUAUCGUGUUGCUAUGUGCUACGUUAGAAAGAAUCUACUAAAAGAGGCUAAUGAAAUUUUAAACAAAUCUAUAGCUCUAUACCCUGAUAUGAUUGAAUAUCGUUAUCAUUUAGCAAAUGUUAACCUAGCUUUAGGUAAUUAUGAGGAAUCUUAGAAAAAUAUAGAGUUACUUUUAGAGCACAAUCCUGAUCAUAUUUCAGGGUUAUUUAUCUUAGCUAAAUUAUAAUUCAUUUAAAAAGAUUACAAAAAUGCUCUGGAGAAAUUAGAAAUAUGCCUAAAUACUUAUGAUUAGAUUCCUGAAUUAUAUUAUUUGCUAGGAUGUUGCUACAAAAAACUUGGAAUGAAAGAUUUAUGUUUACCAUGCUUUGAAGCAGCUAUUGUUAGAAAUCCAGAAGACAUGAAUAGCAAGAUUAAAUUAGGAUAUUUUUACAUUAAAGCUAAAGAGUAUUAGAAAGGAUUAACUUUACUUGAGAACUUUGAAAACUUCGAAAAUUUAUUUGAUUUUAAUGAUCCUAAAUACUAUUACUAUUUGGCUGAAAGUUAUUUUAACUUAAAUUAAUUACCAAAAGCCCAUAAAUUGUAUUAGAAAUGCUUUGAGUGCUCUUCAAGCAAAUAUUCUAAGUUUUGCUUUUAAAAGAUUCAUACAACUUUGUUGAAGCAAAAAAAAUAUGAUGAAAUAAAAAAAAGUUUAUCAGGCUAUAUUAAUAAAUAUAGCGACGAUUUUGAAGUAUAUUUCAUUCUUGCAUAAGUGUAUGCAUAUGAAGGAAUAGAAUAUCAAAAAGUUUUAGAAUACACUCAAAAAGCACUGGAAUUAAAGCCUUCAUACGAUGAAUGCAAAGUACUCUUAGGUUUUUGUUAUUUGAAUAUUCAAAAAGACCUAACAAAAACUAUUGAAUUCUAUAACGAAUUUGAUGUAAAAUUUGUUGAUUAAAAUGUAAAUGCUUUGCUAGUGUUAUCGCAAGCUUACUUUUAGCAAGAAAAUACUGAAAAAUGCUAAGAAUUUUUAAAUAAAUUAUUGCAGAUUGAUAACAAACAUGAGAAUGCUUUAUAUUUAUAGGGGAUGUUGUAUGUAAAAUUAAAAUAAAUAGAUAAGGCUAUUUUAGAAUUCUAAAAGAAUGAUCAACAUGAUAAAUCUUUUUACUAAUUAGGGGUUUUAAAGAAGAAGUAAAAAAAGUACGAUGAAGCUAGAUCUAGUUUCAAUAAGGCAAUAUAACUUAACUCGAAUGAUCCUCUUUAUUAUGAAGCCUUUGGAAAGUUAGAAUAUGGCUAAAAAGAAUAUUUAAAAGCUUGUAAUCAUUUUGAAAAAUAUUUAUAAAAAGUAGCAAAUCCAGAAAUAGAGAUUAUAAAUUUGAAUGCUUAAAGCUACUAUAAUAUUAAAAUGUACAAAGAAGCUAUCAAUUUAUGUGAUAAAAGUGUUGAAAUAUGUUUACAAGAUGAUAAUUAAAAAAAAUAAAUACUGUCAAAGUCAUAUCAUCUAAUAGGACUUUGUUAUUACCAGCAAAGCGAAUAUAAAAAGGCAGAGGAGUUCUUCUUAAAGUCUACUAAUGCUGAUCCGCAAAACAGCGAAAGCUUCUUUUGGUUGGGAAAUAUUCUAAAAUUAUUAAAUGAGCAAUAAGAAGCUAAAAAGGCUUAUCUGACAUGCUUAUCUCUGAAUAAAGAGCAUGCCUUAUGCCUAAAUUAUUUAGGUGAAAUAUAUUACAAGGAAAAAGAAGAGGAAAGUGCAAAAAAGUGUUUCAUAGAAAGUAUACUCUACGAUACUUAAAACCCAAACUCUCAUGUUAACUUAGGUAAAUACUUCUAAAAAGUUAAAAAUAACCUCUCACUAGCUGAAGAAAACUAUAAAAAAAGUGUAUAGAUUGAAAAAUCAAACAAAAGAGGUGCAAAAAAAUUAUUAAAAGUAUAUAUUUUGCAGAAUAAGUAUGAGGAAGCUGAUAAAACCAUUGCUGAAUAUUAGCACUUAUUUGAUAAUGAUGCCUCUCUCCUAUUGUUUUUUGGAAACUUUUAUUUUAAUAGGCAUAAAUAUGAUAAUGCUAUUUCUCAAUAUGAAAAGAGCCUAAAGGUGUAAGACCAAAAUUAAGAAUGCAUGAUCAAAAUUAUAUCGAGCUAUUUCAUGAAGAAAUCAUUUACAUAAUGCAAUGAUUCUCUAAAGAAAUACUCAAAUUAACUUGAAAAUAACUUUAUGUAUCAUUUCUUGAAAGCUCAAAUUUUAAUAUACAAUGAAACAGACUCUCAGAUAGUAAGGUGUAUUAAAAAGUGCUUGUAAAUAAACAAGGAUAAUGAAAAUAUUUAAUAUUUAUAAGCAUAUUUCUUUUACUGCAAAGGUAGUAAAAAAUACUAGGAGUAUUAUGAAGAAGGCAACAAAUUAAACCCUGCUUCUAACAGUGAACUCAAAUUAAUUCUAUAAGGUAUUAUUCAUGCAGAAAAAAAAGAAGAAGAAUUAGCUAUAAAAUCAUUUAAUACCUGUCUCUCACUUUAUCCUAAAAGUGAGCUUUGUCUGCUAAAUUAAGGGUAUUACUACUUAAACAAAGAAAUGUAUGAAGAAGCUAAAGAGGCGUUAUAAAAAUGCUUAAAUUAUGAUUUCGUCAGCCUUCAAUCCAUUUACUCAAAACCUCUAACUCUAAAAGAUAUUCAUAAACUAAAGAUUGGCCUCUCUCUUGCUUACAAAGAGGUGAAGGAUAUCGACAAAUCAUUUGCUUUGAUUAAAUAAUGUCUUGAUAAAAAUCCUAAUGACCCUGAAGUGAUUAAAUUACAUGCAAAAGUUCUUUAAUAAUAAGGAAAUCUUUCAUCUUCUAUUAUUUAGUAUCAAAAAUAUCUCUCAUCAAAUCCAAAUUCUUACGAAGUCUAAUAUCUAUUAGGUAAAGCAAGAUUGGAGAUAGGCUGUCCAGAUUAGGCUAUUUAUUCUCUUAAAAAGUGUUUACAGCUAAAUCCAAAGUUCCCUAAUAUUAAUGGUAUACUAGGUGAAGCUUAUGAAUAAGACUAGCAAUAUUUAGAAGCUCUAAUUCAUUAUCAAAAAUAAACUCAAAUUAACCCUGAAAAUACAGAAAUUCUUUUCAAAAUGGCUUUAAUUUAAAUUUCAUAUGAUAAUUUCAAUUAAGCAAAAUAAUUAAUUGACAAAUUAAUUGAGCUCAAGCCUUAAGACUAUUUAGUAUAUUCAGCUCAAGCUUAUCUUUACAAGCGCCAGGGAAAUCUAUAGGAAGCAAUAAAAUCUUUUGAUUAAAGUCUCUCAAUAUAACCUACAAACACUUUUACACUGUUUAAUCUUGCACUUUGUCAUGGAGAAUUAGGAAAUAUAAAGCAAGAAAAAAAGAUGUAUAAAGAAAUUUAAAAGAUCAGUCCAAAUGAUAGAAAGAUGCUUAACAAUCUCGGUAUUAUUUACAGAUAAAAAGGGAAGUACGAAAAGGCGAUAUAAUUAUUUAGUUAGUGCAUAAAAUUGGAUUAAUAUUUCUGCGAUUAUUUCACAAAUCUAGGAUUGUGUUAUUAUGCUAAAGGAGACUACGAUGGGGCUAUCAAUUAUUUCUAAAAAGGAUAUACUCUAGAUCGUAUUAAUGUAGAAUGUCUAUUAAAUUUAGCCUCUGCUUUGAAAGCUAAAGGAGAACCUUAGCAGGCAAUUAAAUACCUCUAAAAAAUAAUCAAAAUAAAUCCAAAUUACACAGCAGCAUACUACAAUUUGGGAAUAAUUUAAAAAUAAAAUGGUAACAUAUCAGAUGCUCAAACCAGUUUUAAAUUAAGUAUAGAAAAAGAUCCAUAUCAUAUUAAUUCAGUUAUUUAAUUAGCAAUAAUAUACAGAGAAUAAAAUGAUUAUGAUAAUUCAAAAAAGCUUCUUAAGUAAGCAUUAGAGAUUGAUUCUAAUAAUGAAUUAGCCAAUUUCAAUAUUGCAUUACUUUACAGAUAAAAAUGCAAACAUGCCAAAGAACUCAAUGCCUUGCUAAAGGCUUUAUCUUAUUCUCCAAAAAAUGCGAAAUACUUACAUAAUAUAGGAAUAUGCUAAAGACUAUAAGAAAAUUAUCAGGAAGCAUUGAUUUAUUUCAAAUAAUCUGUAUAAAUAGACUCAGAAAAUGCUAAAUAUUAUUAUAAUUUGGCAGAUAUCUACAAUUGUUUAAAAAUGCCUAUUGAAGAAAUAAACUGUUAUAUGAAAUGCAUACAGCUGAAUCCAAACUUUGAAAGAGCUCACUAUAAUCUUGGUAUAGCUUAUGAAAACAUAAAGAAUUACAAAGAAGCAAUAAGUUGCUUUGAAAAAUGUAUUGAAAUUGCACCUUCAAAUGAUUAAUAUUUCUUUAGUCUAGGAAAUAUAUACUCACUGCAAAGAAACUUCGAAAAAUCAAAUGAGUAUUAUUAAUUUUGUAUAAGCCUUAAUCAGGAUAACAUUGAAUGCUUAAAUAACAUGGCAGUAAACUAUAUAAAACUUAAGCAACAUUCUGAAGCAAUAAAAAUAUAUUAAAACUGCUUGAAAAUUUCUCCUUUCUAAGAAGAAUUCAAAAAAAAAAUAAAUUUGAUCUAAAACUACCUUCAUCAUCAAAGCUGA